AUCAAAUUCAUCUGCCUAGAUGUUGCCAAUGGUUACUCGGAGGUGUUUGUCGAGUAUGUCAGGAAAGUUCGCAAGCACUACCCUGAUCACACUAUUCUUGCUGGAAAUGUGGUAACAGGAGAGAUGGUUGAAGAACUAAUUCUCUCUGGUGCUGAUAUCAUUAAAGUGGGCAUUGGACCAGGAUCAGUCUGUACCACCAGAAAGAAGGCUGGGGUUGGAUAUCCUCAGCUCUCAGCUGUAUUAGAAUGUGCUGAUGCUGCGCAUGGCCUUGAUGGACACAUCAUAUCUGAUGGUGGGUGCACUUGUCCUGGAGACAUUGCUAAGGCUUUUGGAGCUGGAGCAGAUUUUGUUAUGAUGGGGGGAAUGUUAGCUGGCCACGAUCAGUCUGGAGGAGAAAUAAUAGAACGUAAUGGAAAGAAGAUGAAGCAGUUUUAUGGCAUGUCCAGCGCCACAGCAAUGCAGAAGUAUUCUGGUGGCGUAGCCGAAUAUCGAGCGAGUGAAGGGAAGUCUGUCGAAAUCCCAUACAAGGGAGAUGUAAACUCCACCAUCUUGGAUAUCUUGGGUGGCUUACGUUCUGCAUGUACAUAUACUGGUGCUGGGAAACUUAAGGAACUGCCAAAACGUACCACUUUCAUCCGUGUUACUCAGCAAACCAACGAGAUCUUCAUGGGGCUUCAAGCACAGAAAGAAUCAUGAUUGCUCAAAAGGAAAUGAUUAUACUGUACUUUGAAAAGAAUUUAAAGUACAGUAUAGUCUCAAUUACCUUACAAUUACUUUUUUAUUAUUAGUAGUAUUUAUUUUUCAAAAUUGUUGCCAUCUUUUAGUUUAAUUUAAAGUACUGUACAAUAUGUAUUUUUUAUAUGAAAUGCUUCAGUUUGAGUUACCAAAUUUAUAAUACAUUUAGGAAUAAUAGGAUUAGGGUGUAGUAAAUUUAAGCCAAUCAGAUUUGUUAAAAGACAUUUACAGUAUAUUAUUAGCUUACUUGUCAAAGCACAAACUGAAGAAUUUUAAGUUGUUGUUUCAAGUUUUGCCAACCCCCACAGAGCAAUGAACAACCUGAUCAUUUUCAGGCAUUUUAUAUUUCUGCACACCUCACUUACCCACUUCUCUUAAAAACCCUAUUACAAAAUAUGCUGCAGUUGCCUAUGUAAGUUCUGCCACAGAGGUGUAUGGAAAGAGCUAACCUAAUUUCUGAGGUUAUAAUUUUUUAAUUGAUUGACACUACAGCAGCUGUAAGGGGUUUGCUGCUUAUGUCAAACUUCACAUUAUCAUGGCCUUCAUCUUUUUUCCUCUCUGAUGCUUUUACUAUUUUUCCAUUCUUUUGGCUUUCAUUAAUAUUCUCCGUUGAACUUGUCACAUAUGUAUGCCUGUUUAAGAAACCCUCACUUGGCACAUUAUCAUGAUAAUAACAGUAAGACACAUGAAGUUAGAGAUUUUAGCAGAAAAUAAUUUGGUAUAGAUUUAACUUUAGCUUUAUUGGUCACUUCUCUCUUACACAGUGUUGGCAAGUACUGGGUAUGUACCAUUUUGCAAGAAUUAGUCUGCAACAAUAUGGGGAUCACAGCUGUUUACAAACACAUUCAGUAACCAAUUCACUUUUGCUCUGAGGUGGUUGACAAGAUUUGAUAUUUCAAUUUUUUUUCCUUCAGUACUGUAUAGUUUUCUAAUCAUACAUCACUGGUAGGUCUUGGGAGAUCUAAAGGGUCCUGAUGUUUAAAGUAAACCACUCCAGCGCUUUUUGUAGAAAUACAGGGUUUUCCUUAAUUAUCUUUCUUAUUUCAAAGUAAAUAAAAGAAUAACCAUCAGACAUAAAAGCAUACAGUUUGUACCAUCAUGUAGCCCAACUCAGAGGUGUUUUAUGAUGUCAGUAGACCUUCACCUGUGCACCAUAUUUGGCUCUCAGAACAUCUUAACUGAUUUCAGUCCAUAUUCAUCACAACUUCUCUUCGGUCCCACUGGUGAUGGUGCUAAUUCUCCUGGUUUGUAGUUCCGUUUUUUCGGGCGUGUAAUACACGACGUCUUAGACAUAACCCCCAGAUGAAAACGUCUAAAGGACUGAUGUCAAUCAAAUAUCAAGUGGCAGUAUGGACCAGGAUAAAAAACCCUAUCAUCAUUGUGACACAGAACAUGUUGUGGCAAAUGGGGAUUAAAAUCAAAUAUCAGACAUUCUGAAAGCUACUAAUGAUGCACAUGUGAAAGAUGACCGACUGUCAAGAAACAUUAUUUUAAUUGGGACACAUGAUUGUGCAAACUACCUGUUAGUAUGUGUUUGUUAUUAUUUGCAUUUGAAAUAGGAAACAGUUUAGGAACACCCUGUAUGUUGAUACAAGUACAGUAUUAUUAACUCUAGUUUUGUCAUUAUAGAAAGAUAGCUAUCAAUUUAUUAUAACUUAAUAAUAAUCAUACUUUCUCUUGCCAAGCUCCUUGCUGUGAAAAAAAAAAGCUUCCUCUUGUUGAGCUGGAAAUUACUAAAUCCCUCACCACUGAUCAUCAAUGCACCAAGAAGCAACCCAAUGGUAUUAAUGUAACAUUCUUGGUGGAGUUCUCAUUGCCCAAAAAAUAUUUAUCUUGUUUUUUUCAUUUAUCUAAACUUGGUUAUAUCUAUAUGUUCAUAAAACCUAAAGCCAGUAUAUUCUAGAAAUCAGAUUAUUGAACCAGAAAAUUUACAUAUGGAAAAUCCAGUUACAGGUUAGGAGAUUUUACAGCAUCCCCCUCAUAUAAACAUACUGUAGUGUACAUGCAAAAAUUUUAUUACUUAUUUACAUAGACUAAAAUUGGUUUGAUUGAUAGCACAAAAUGUCUGUUUCUUGACCAUCGCUUUCAUUACAGAGAAUGAAACAUUGCCUUGGCCAACAGAUAUACAUUUUGGAUUACUGUACAGUAUGUAUCAGUUGAACCUUUUGUUAGUCUGUCUGAGUAUGAGAUGUGCAAAUAUCUCAUUUUAUACAGUGUACUGUACAAUGAAAUCUUGCUUCUUGUUGUAACAAUGACAAACUCUGUCAUUACAUGAAAAAGUUUGGUGAAGGUUAAUGAAAUAAUAUUAAUUAAUAAAUCCUUUUAUUUCUCGAAAAAAUUCAAACAUUAAACAAAAUCGUACAUAAAUCAUUCAGGAGGACCAGGUACAGCCUCUUCCACUUCCAACUGAUACAAUCAGCAUUGUCAAUGCACCCUCUCUGUGUGGUGUGAACCCUGAGAGUGUCGAGUCUUGAAUCCGAAGUAUUCUCAAGCAAGGGAGAGAGGGAGGACUGGUGGCGGUGUAAUACAGGGAUUGAGGAGGUUUAGAGUGUAAGGGGGCUAGAGGGGUGGGUAGAGUUGAGCAGUUAUCUGUGCAGUUAUAACGUAAAAUGUAUUGAACAAGGAUAUAAAUACCUAGGACAAAACACCAAGUAUGUACAGUACGAGUAGAAUGUGUUACUGCACAUUAGGGUGGGUUUCCCAGCUUGUGAUACAGGUCUGAAACCAUUUGUACAUAUUUACUGUCCAGAAUUUACAAGGUCAUUGGCCACUGAUAAAAACAACAAUCCCCCCCCACCCUCUCAGAAGUUGCACACAUAAAUGCAUUGGUCAUGCAGUAUUCCUCCAUGUCCUUCUCUACCGGUACUUCUGCUGAAACCUAAGCAACUGUCAACCUCUGGUUUAAACCAAAUGAUUUAAACUAAUAUUUUUUUAAUCUGUCUUUUUUCUUUGUUUUAUUAAACCCUCACAGGUGGUUUUAAUGAAUUAUAUUUGAUUUGGAAAAGGCAUAUGAUAGGGUGAACAGAAAAGCAUUGUGGGAGGCAUUACAGGUGUAUGGGGUGGGAGGAAGGCUAUUAAAAUGCAGUAAAAGCAUUAUAUGAAAACAGCAGGGCAAUAAUAAGAGUAAAUGGGAAAGGAAGUGAAACAUUUGAAAUAAAUGCAUGAGUAUGCCCCUGUGGUUAUUCAAUAUAGACAUGGAUGUGAACUAAAUGUAUUAUACACUGGUGAAAGUGAUGAUAAUAAGUUUUCUUACAGGGCUACACACAUCUCAAAUCCUGAUUAUAAUAAGGAAGCCAAGUUGCUACUGUUCAGUGUACUGUAACUGGUGACUGCUUCUGUUUAUGGAUGGGCUCUGAGCCUAAUGUGUACUGACUGUAUUGUACUUACCGGUAAUUGAAUUCAUUAAAUCUUUCAAACGUAAAA